CAAACGCAGUGAGGGAGACUGACCACGUUGAAUUCGGUGAAUUUGAUAUUUUCGGAGUUUAGUCCACCGACCUGGAUUAAAAUGUUAGAAAAGUCUCAGGGGAAGAUGAAGAUUGCCGAGAGCUAUCGAAUUAAGGACCCUAUCGAGAAUUUCAAGCUUAAAGUCAAAAUCGUUCAGCAGAAAUCCGUGCUGGCAGAAUUGUUUGGAGAAGAAGGGGAGACUAGAGAUCCGAAUUUCUUGAAAGUUGAAGAGCGCAGUUUCAGCUGGCAGGAAAAAGUUUUCGCCCCGUUUGAAAUAAAAUUCUACGAGGACGAGAAAAAUUGCUUAACAGAUUACCAGAAAGAGUAUUAUAGAAGAAUAGUUGAAGGAAAUGUCGAGGGAUCUCGUUUGUUCUCUUAUACACAGCAUGACACUUAUUGCCCCGAUGAUAGUUUAAUAACGUUGGAUUUUAAGUCGUACCUAUCGAAACGCAAUACGGAGGCACUUUCUGUGCUUCGGAAUCGGAAACCUUUCGCCGAGAGGUAUAAUAAAAAAGUCAUUGACGUCAGACCUCACAAAACGAGAAUUCGCUCGAAUCAUUACCUUUAUCAGGAACGAGAAGUUAUGUACAUUCUAGCGGAUUUAACUCCGAAGGACCACGUGGUUGCGGAAUCGAAUAUCGCAGAAACUCUCCUAUGCACUGUAACGUUCGACAGAGCUCGCAACAUUCUCACCGUGAAUCCCGAUUUUAAUUACGAUGAAUGCUACAUUGUAAAUGGAGGUGAUAUGAGUUACAAUUAUUGGAUACAACACACUUCGGAAAAACAAACCCACGAAGAUUUGGAACGUCAAUUAGAGAUCGUGCAACAGGAAAUUCAACACGAAAAGAUCAUUAAAGAAGCGAAGAUCUAUCACGAGAUGCGACUUCCUCCAUCGAAUGUGCUGCGAGUAUUUUUAACCCUGGAAAUCAAAAGCGCUCGCAAUUUUCCUUACAACGCGCCGUUUAUCACCUAUACCAUAAAUUUACCACCAUAUUGGUCCACCGGACAACGCGAAAACCUUACUGGGCGGACACAAAGAUGCUGUAUGAGAAAUGGAAUUGCAAACUUUGGUUACAUCACAGAAAUCUCUCUGGAUUUUAAUUUGAAUUGCUUACAGGAUGACAAUGUCCUACCGUCUUGGCCUUGUAUAUUAAUAUCUGUAGCUUCUCUGGACAGCUGGACAAGGUAUCGCAUCGAAGGAUACACCUACGUGAAUUUACCCUGUUACCCCGGCUCCCACGAUCUGUCACUCCACACUUGGAGACCCGUUUGCGGUCUAGUAAACUCUCUUCGACGAUUUUUCAUUGGUGGCACAUACGAACUCGAAGAUAUAACGUAUUGCAGCAUACCAGCCAUACAUGAAGGGCCGAAGCUGGAGAAACCAUGGCUGACGGUUGUACCAAGCGGUCAUGUCAACCUGAAAAUAAACGUAGCUCAUCAAAACAAGUCGUUUCUAAAAGAUACAGGCUGCGAAAAAGACGUUUUCGAAAGAUUGAGUGGGGGAACACUUAUGAGUAGCGUGGACGAUGUCCUGGAACAAUUUAAAGCCGCCAGAGAACGCAUGAUUAGAGCGAGGAACGACCACGCUAGUACGUUCUAUCGAUAAUCACGUCGCAAAGUUAUCUUCAAUGAUAUUCGAAAACAUUGAGAAUGCAAACUUCUAUUGUACUCUGUAACCGGCGGAGGACCCACAAAGGUGCAAUUCGUAUGAUUGUCCUUCAAUCUCAAGAACAAGAGCUUCCAAUGAGAUGUAGCGAUUGAAAUCGUAGAAAUGAUAAUUCUAGCAAAUGUAGGAAUCGUGCGCAAAUGUUGAAAAGGGUUAAGAAAAGCACGACUAGUGGAAGAGUAAAACAUCUAUCAAGUGAAUUAUUUGAUAAUGUCCCGUUUAGUAUAUAUGUAUGUCGUAACAUCCUGAAGUUUGAUACUCUCCCGCCGAUGAUUCAAGCUAGUUAAAAGCUGUAAUACAUCACUACUAGGUUUAGAAAGCUGAGCUGUCACGUUGGCGUUUUUCGAGGGUGAGUGUUGUUCCCGAAUCUCGAGGAUUCCUAGGGGAAGAGAAUAUCCGAAACAUCGUUUGACGUCAGAGAACACCUGAAAAUACUAAGAAGCGGGAAAUUGAAGGAAAGCUAAAUCGUUUAGACGUUUGACUACUAAGUAUAGCUAUCAAUGGACUCGAGAAUUACGUAAUUUUUAGAAGAAAAAAAGUGUGAUUUACUUAAAAGAGAUACCGAUCGUUAAUCAAUCGGACCAGGCCUGUUGUAACGGAGGUGAUUUUUAUUUCAACAAAAAUAACAAUUUACAUUGAAUUGUUUCUGAUAAUAAUAUUAUCGUGUAUGCUACACCUGUAGUUUACUGUAGGCGUGGUAUACGAUCGCUUCGCUAUUAAUCGUUAUUUUAUUUCUUUAAUUAUUCAUUAAUAGUGUUCGCAGGUGGCGAUCCGUUAUCCGAGUUCUCACGUUCCCCCGAUCGCUUAUGAUACAAUAUUCAAGAUAGAGGAUGAGUGUACCUCAACGUUAGUAGCUUUAUACAGAGAGUUAACCGCGGAUAAUCGAACACCAGAAUGCACGUAAUCGAUCGACCGGUCGAUCGAUUCGCUGAAGUUAUAAUCAAGUAGGUUCAGGUGUACAAGUAUUUUUUAAAUACAUUAGACCUUUCUAGUCUAGA